AUGAACAACCACCAGGCCAGAUACUCGCCGUAUCCGCCGCAGCAGCAGCAUGCCUUCACCUUCGCAUAUCCCCCAUACGCGCAACCGACGUCGCAGGCUCCACCCGUGGGCUAUCAGUACCAUCAGCAGCCUCCUCCACCUCCCGUCUCGCAGCAACUCCAUGCGCCGCACUUCUCUGCUCCCUACAAGCCUGGCGCGCAGGGCUUUGUCGCCGCAUCGCAGCCAGCCCCGUCGCCCGCGCCGGGACAGUUCCGCCCGCAGGUCCCUCUACAGCCCAUCUCCCGCAACAUCACCUCCUCCUCUCCGCCACUGACAGACAAUGGACCCGGGGCGCCGCCUCCCGAGCCGACGUCACCGGACGAGCAGCAUCAAGACGAUGAUAGCGCAAAUGAGGACCACGAAGGGCAGUACGCGGCGAAUGGGAGCGACGAACAUGGCGCCAUCUUUAACAUCCCCCCGCCGCCGGAGAACACAUAUCCCAACGAGGAAGAGCUCGAAAAGGCGAUCCACGAGUGGAGCAAAGAGCAUGGCUACGAGCUGGUGCGCCGCGCGAGCAAGCGCAAUGCUCGCGGUGUGCUGUACAAGCGCUACUACCACUGCUCCAAGCACGGCAAGCGCGCCAACACCGGCAAGCUGACCGAGGAGAUGAGGCAGCGCACCAACCGCAAGAGUGGCCGCGUGGACUGCCCGAUGAGUCUCGCCGCCGUCGCCGUCGACCCGACGAACCCCGCCGGUGAAUGGCAGAUCCGACAUCGAAAGUCGCACCACAACCACGGGCCCUUGAAAGCCGUCGAGCUCGCGGGACAUCGGCGGCGGGCGAGGAUGGGCGCGGUGGAGCAGGCGAUCGACGGACUCUUUGCUAUAGGCACCAGCACCGCCCAGGUCUUGCAGUUUCUGCAGACCACCCACCCGGAUGGUCUCUUCACCCGCACCGACGUGGCCAACAUGAAGAAUCGAUACAAGAAGUGGGGGACGUGCGCGGAUCGGAUACAGCGAGGGGAGAACCACAUCUCUACCGUGCGAUACAAGAACCAACUGGGCAUCCCCAUCCCGUGUAUUCCAUGUCGGCAGCGAAAGUACAACUGCGGCAGUGAGCGCCCGACGUGCAAAAACUGCCAGCAGAAUGGUUUUGCGUGUGAGUACAGCCACGAGCAGCCUGCGAACAACGAAAGCACCCCGGUCGAAGAUGGCGAUGCAAUGCACACUGAGGUCACGCCCGACAUUCAACUACAGCAGGAGAUUGGCGCCACCGUCCAGCCCGCACCCAAUGCCCCUCGUGCCCAGACGUCAGCACCAACCCCCGACGAGACGGAGCGCAUCUUGAACAAUCUGCGAAACUUCCAAGCCGAGCACAUCAAACCGCAACGCCUCACCCUCGACUCCUCAUCUGUGGAGGUUCUCGCUCAAAGCUCUUGUGGCAAUGGAGACAGCUACCGCGGCCUGCCCUUCCUCAACACCGAGCACGACUGGCCUGCGUUUCGAGACGCGAUGAUCGAAGCCGCGCUAAAAGAGAACACGCACGAUGUCCUAAGAGGCAUCAAAACCCAGCCCACCAGCCCACCAGGGCCGCGCGAGGAGAUCGACGUGGAGACGUGGAACGAGUACAUUCGCCAGCUCGCCAUCUUCAACCGGCGCAACAGCCUCCUCCUCUCCGCCCUGCUGUCGAAAACGAGCCCCAUGUUCCGCAAUCGCGUGCAAACCUUCCCGCUCGCCGCGCCCGCGUGGGACAUGCUGGAGCAAAUGUGCGCCCCGCGCGGCUGCACCACCGCGUAUCAGCUCUACUGCGACCUGCACGCCACCACUCUUGCGGCCUGCACGUCCCUCCAAAACUACAUCAGCCGGCUGGACUCGGCGUAUGCUGCAUUCACGCAGCUCAAACUCAACACAAGCCCGCCCAGUCUUCCGCAUGGCAGGAGAGGGGGAGGCGGCGGGAAGCAGAAAGAUGCGCAACAGGCCGCCGUGCAACCUUCGCCACCGCACACCGGAGCGGAGGCGAUGACGGAGGAGAUGCUGGUGUUCUUGUUCCUGCGGGGCCUGGGGCGCGAAUGGAGUGGGUGGACCGAGGCAAUGUGCAUGACGAAUAAUAUCGGCGGGUUUGGAACGGGGGAUCGGUUGGGGUUCAAGGAGGUGUGCAAGGCGGCGCUGAGGCAGGAGGCCCUUGCGAGGAGGUCGGGAGGGACGGCUUCGGGUUGA